AUGAGCUGCGCAGACGACCUUACAGUCGACGACCUGAACGCCAACGUUACCUCCGAGGUCCUCGAGCGCGUCUCGGCAGGCGAAGGCAGCAACUCGAACCUUUGGGGCUCGAUUGACCGUGACAAAGUCCGCCCCGAAAGUGAUAAAGACGUGGGACGACCGCUUGGACGAGGAGCACUCAUUCUGCACAUUCCGUUCAUCACGAGUGUCCGACUCCGAACACUUCUACUUCACCUGCCAUCCCCCGGCCACCCUCACCGACCACACCGUCUGCGUAUCUUCUGCAACCUCCCGAACGCGCCGGACUUUAACGAUGUCGAGUCGAUGAACCCGAUCAUGGACCUGGACGUGUCGGAUUCGCCGAUCCGGAGAGACUCAGCGGGACGAAGAGAGGUGGACGAGUGGGCCCUGAAGGUGCAGAAGAUGGCGAACGUCUUCAGCGUCACUCUCCUGUUCGUGUACUACGUCGGUUUCAAGGGCGACGCGAAGCAGCUGAACAUGGACAUGUCCAAGCUCGGACAGGUACCAGCGUCCAACGCUGCGGAGCACAACGUCGAUGCCGUCGCGGAAAAGAAGGGGGCCGGCUACACGACGAUCCGGUAG